UGACUUUUUGACAGCUGUAUUUUGUAAUUCGGAAAUCACCGACUAAAGUAGUUUUUAGAAAAUAACAAAAAUCAUGUUCGUCGGCGAUUGAUAACAGAAAAACAUAUCCAAAAAACAUUAGAAAUAUAGUUAUUUUUCAUUUUACAAUUUUGAGCUGAAGUGUUAUUUCGAGACGAUAUUAAAUUAUUAAUUAAAGUAAAUAAAAUAUUAACAAUUUUUUAAAUUUAUUUUAAAUUUUCAAAUUCAGAAUGGACGAAGAACAAACUAAAUUAUGUCCGAAUUGUAAACGUGAAAUUCCGAGUACAAACUUCACAAUACAUUCAGUACACUGUGCUCGGAACAUAGGAGUCUGUCCUGUGUGCAAGGAGCCUGUACCAUUAGCUGAUCUGCAGAAGCAUCAUGAUGAACUACAUAAACAGCUUCCGUGUAAGCAGUGUGGGGAUAGUGUCUGCGGAACGGACUUGGAAGACCACAUCAGAGACUCGUGUGCUCAAACCAUCAAAACAUGCAGGUUUUGUGAGUUGGAGUUGCCUCGUCGCGAGCUGCCGCCCCACGAGAACUACUGCGGCGUCCGCACCGAGCAGUGUCCCGACUGCAGGGAGUGGGUCAUGAUCAAAUACAGGCAGCUGCAUCUGGACUCCAACCACGGCUUCAUCAGACUUGACGACGACCCUCCCCCUGCCUCGAGGCUAUUGCCCAGGUUGCCCAGCACCAGGCCGAGCGCGGGUCCCGCCAACGGCGCCGCGCGGGUCUCCAUAUUCGACAACUACGUGAAGAACAUUAAUCUCGGCACCGGGGACUGCGAGAGCGCGGGACCAGUCCCCGGUGGCUCCGGGGCGAAGGCUCCCUUCAAGAGGAAAAACGAUCAGCCUCAGAUCAACACCACCGUGGAGACCACCAAUAAAGUGUGGAAGGAUCUCUCCAUAUCCCGGGGGGCAGUGAAGAAGCGUCCCGCGCCCGCGCCCCCCGCCCGCGUCGCCCCCCCGCCCGCGCCCCCCUACCUGUGCGCGGUGCAGAGACAGCAGCGCGAGCUGGCCGACAGGGAGGAACAGAACGCUAUCAACUUCGCAGCCGGGCUGCCCCCGGUGUCCAGCGCGGCUGCGAGAGUAGACAAAUUGCGGGCCCUGGACGCUCUGCUCAACCGUGAGAAUAACAACGUGGAGCUCCGCAACCGCGACCCCCGCCCCCGGCCCCCCGCCGCCUGUGCGUCCCCCGCCCCCUGCGCGCCCCCUGUCCCCUGCGCGCCCCCGGGCGUCAAGAACACGAACUCGUUCGUUUCGCACAACUUCAGUCCUAAACAUUUGAAUUUCGCGCAAACUUCAGCACCUCGACUGGAAAAACAAUUGAACGUGUCUCGAAAUACACCGGGCCCCCCGUCUGGCGACGCGGGCGGCUCUAGACCGCCACUCAGCCUUAACCUCCCCAGCGCCGGCCGCGGGCGGGGGCCGACCUCAAACGGCUUCACACCGAAUGUACCUGCAGCGACGCACAAAGUCUCGAAUGUGACCCAAACGAUUCCAACAGCCGCAGCCGGUCCUUCGUGUCCCGUACCUGGGACGGCCCGCUAUGUACCAGGCGCAACGUCCAACGGGUCACUAACGAUCAAAAACACGAAUUUAACCGGGAACGAUCCGCUAGAAGUGGAGCGGAGGCGGCAAGAGUUCCAGGACCUCAAACCCAUGACACCUGAGGAGUUCAUGGAGAGAUUCAAGAGGUUUCGCAUGAGGGACGAAGAGAACGCGACCAAGAGCGAGGACAGGAUGAGCGAGAUCAAGUCCUCUCUGAGGGAGCUGCGGAGGGAGCUGAACGAGGUCACGGCGCCGUACAACGCGCCCCCCGCGCCCCCCGGCCUCGGCGGCGCCGCCCCGCCCUCCCCCCCGCGCUCCCCCCCGCUGUCCCCCCCGGACGACGUGGAGCUGCCCUGCGAGUUCUGCGCGGCGCCGGUGCCUAUGAACCAGCUCGUGCUGCACCAGACCGGCUGCCGCCCGGACCUGGCCCAGCUGGUGCGGCGCGCGCCGGUCCGGGCCGAGCCGCGCCGGGACGAGCCCGUGAUCCCGUGCGAGUUCUGCACGGAGUCGCUGCCGGUCUACCUCAUCAGCGAACAUCAGGAGCGCUGCGGCCGCGACGCCGACCUCAUGUACCCGGACUAGUCACCGCGCAAUGUACUGCGAACACUUCUAGUCUUCCCUUGUCUAUGGUCAAUGUUUGUCCUUCGAGCCGCCCCGCUCUGGCUGUGUACAGUCGCCAAGCAAACACUUAGUUCGUACUAAACUUGAAGACGCUUCAGAAUAGAAGUCCAGUAGGAAAAAAAAACAUCUUAAAAUAGCAGCCUUCAAAAAUGUCAAUAUUUUGUUUGUAGUACAUUGCGUGUCGUUGAUGCGAGUGAAUUCUUGUACGUUUGUUCAAAUCAAAUCAAAUCAUUGACGUGCUUGAGCUGCGUUACGAAAAAUCACGGCUGUAAUAGUAUACGAUGGUAAGCGAACAAAACGACAGCACAGACAUAUACAUAUAUAAUAAUAUGUCAUGUG